UCAACAAACGAGAAAGUCACAACGAUCGGGCUGGCGCUAUGUGAACAUUGCAAGUACAGUAACGCUACACAAUGUUAUGUGCCGGCUGCAAAUGCUGACCGGAUAACAACUUCCUCCUGAUUACUCAUACAGUCUAAUUUAGAACCGAGGAUGAUCACAAAAUAGAAAAACAUCGCACGAUGCGUUUGCCCUUCAUCCAGAUAUAUAUCUUCGAUUCUUGGACAGUUUUAUCCUAAAUCCUCAAAAUUGAACCCUAACAACUACUCUUAAUUGAACCACCAUCAUGUCGUACAGCCCAGCCUUCCAAAGCCAGACGUUCGAAGCAACUCGCAUCACUCUCAAAUCCUCAAAACCCUACGACGAUGUCUUGACGGCCCUCCAUAAUUCCAUCGGCUCUCCAGAUGCCGUCAAGGAAUGGCCAAAAAUGAUGAAAGCAAUCUCCGAGUCAUCAGAACCACGAGAGCAGUUUACCGACACUGUCAAAAACUCUGUUGGUCCUCACGACUUCAUGAUCUUCCAGGAAUUCAACCACGGUGCAUGGGUGCCUCUUUUCGGAGUAGGCAGUGGUUUGAAGUCAAAGCGGAUCAUCCUCGGCAAUCCUCUGAUUGCAAUUACUAUGCUCAAACAUGAUAUCAAUGCAGGGCUAUUCGUCCCAGUUGAGAUACUUGUGCUUGAGAAGAAAGAGGGUACUGAGAUCAUCUACAACUUACCUAGUGGACUGAUUGCUGGCGUGAAUAAGGAUCCCGAGUUGGUCAAAGCUUCUGAAAAGCUGGAUGAGAAAUUGGCAGGUCUGAUAAAGCAUGUGCUUUCUUGAUCCAACAAUCAAGUGCCGAUCUUUGGUGGGGUUAUGCAAGUCUGGAUUUUUGACUGUCACUUCAAGGUUUCUCUCCGGUCCCUGAGAAUGGGCAGGACUUUAGUGCAUGGACUCUUUAAUGUAGCGGAGGCUCAGCAGUCAUGCAGUAGGGAAUGACCUGCAUGU